AGUCCUCCUUCACUCCACACACGCUUCUAAGCCUCGGCACAUCUCCUCACAUCGCUACUAACUACACUUUAUUCAUCCUCCGUGUCAGGAUAAACUCCACUCGUCUCAGUCAACUUUGGACAUUAUUAGGCCCGCUUAGCUUGCUAGUUGUUUUAGCGCGCUAGUUAGCUUAGCAUGCUAGUUAGCUUAGCUUGUUAGCUGCUAACCAAGAGACGCGGAUUUGAUCAACACAUCGCUUAGUUAAGAUCAAGUGUGAGUGUAAAGUGUUGUGAUUGUGUGAAAAUGUGCGAAAGAACGAUGGCAGAGUACAAAGAGGAACUUUCUCGAACAAAAGAAGAGAAUAAGAGACUACUUCAACUACUGGACGCUGUUUUCAAGAAACCUCAAGUUGUGUUACACGGAACAGACGUCUGUGAAAAAUAUCGUCCACCUGAGCAGCAGGAGGGGUCCUCCAGUGUGGAGCAGAAGAGGUCACAGCACUUCCACGUGAAAGAAGAGGAGCCACAGCCCCCCCACAUUAAAGAUGAAGAAAAACAGCGGCUGUCCCACCACUUCAUAGAGGAAGACAAGAGACACCUCAUCAGUGUGAAGAGUGAAGAUGAUGAGGUCAAAGGUGAGAGUGAGGAGCCUCCAAGCAGCAGCUCAACUCAACACAUGACAACAGAAGCUGAUGGAGACCACUGUGGAGGAUCACAAGCAGACAAGCUCUUAGCUCCACUAUCAGAUAGUGAGGACACAACGUCACACUCUCCUGACACUGAUGAUGAAGACUCUAAAGAUGAUAAGACAUGUCACACUGACAACACACACUUCACAUGUUCUCACUGUGACAAAACCUUUAAAUACCAUUGUCAUCUAAAAAUACACAUGAGAACACACACUGGAGAAAAACCUUUUUCCUGCUCAGAAUGUGGUAAAAGUUUUGUAUCAAAUCAAAGUUUAAAAAUACACAUGAGAAUACACACUGGGGAAAAACCCUUUUCCUGCUCAGAAUGUGGUAAAAGUUUUGCACUAAGUCGCAAUUUAAAAGAACACAUGAGAAUACACACUGGAGAAAAACCUUUUUCGUGUUCAGUCUGCAAUAAAUAUUUUACUCUCAGGACCAAUCUAAAAACACACAUGAGAACACACACUGGAGACAAACCUUUUUCCUGCUCAGUCUGUAGUAAAAGUUUUAUACAAGGACAUCAAUUGAAAGCACACACGAGAACACACUCUGGUGAAAAACCAUACACCUGUUCAAUCUGCAUCAAAAGCUUUCGUCUCCUAAACACUCUUACAGUACACAUGAGAACACACACAGGAGAGAGAGUGUUGAGUUGCAGUGUGUGUGGUGAAAGAUUCUCCUAUAAGUACCAGUGUAAGAAACACAAGUGUGCUGGUGAGAACAGCAGCAGCAAAUGAAGAUGCAGGAUUUGAAAUAAACUUUCUAACACCAUCAGCACAUAUAACAUGUGUGACAUCAUUGUUGUGUGUGUAACACAAUCUUGUUAUUAUGGUUCUAACAUAUAUAGAGUAAAUACUUCAGAUUAGUGCUUUUAUUUCAGUCAAGUGCAUGAGUUAAUAUACACAUUUGUGUACUUUAAAAUGAACAGAACAAUUUGGCUGAAAAUGUGAGAAUAAACAAUACAUAAAAUAUGUUACAUACAAUAAACAUUUUAAGUGUAGAUAUUCAUAAUUCACUUUUUUACUUAUUCAUAAUAGUGUUUUAUGUAUGUUUUUUUAAAUAAUGAAGUGUUACAUAUUUUAUUUUCUAAAUGUAGAUGAUUCCAUAGAUGAACUCCUUUAUAUGAUAUACACAUUUGUUUUACAUGUGUUCAUACCUUUGCUUUUGAGUACACAUAAAUCCCUCUUAGUUCAUAUUUACUGGUUCACAUCUGAAACAUCUUCUGGACCACUUCUGGAAGCAUAUUAUUAUUUACUUUAUACAUCAUUUGGGCAGUUGUCCU